CAACGGAGCCGCCACAAGCGCAACUUUAGCCACCGACAGGAAGCGAAACACGGGAGGAGCCGAGCGGCUGCGCACUAUAAGACAGAGGAGCGAUAUAUUCAGCGCCAGUUCAUCUGAUCGCGACACCCACGGCUUUAACAGAAUGAUGCUGCAGCACUCCGGUCCCUCGCUGGCUGACAUCAGCUGCUCCGCCUUGGUCCCCUGCCUCUCCCCGCCAGGCACGCUCACCCUGGACGACUUCACCAACUUCACACCCAUCGUGAAAGAGGAGCUCCGGCUGGCCAUCCAGACCAAGCGGCUGUCCAACGGCCUCAGCGCUGACAUGAGCUCCGACGGCGCCAGCUCCAGCUCAGACCGAGCUUCCGAAAGGCCUGCAUGCGGGGCUGGAAGCAAGAGAGAGGCAACACCUGAAGAGUACGAGAGGAGGAAGAGGAGGAGAGAGAGGAAUAAAAUCGCUGCAGCCAAGUGCCGCAACAAGAAGAAGGAGAAGACAGAAUGCUUGCAAAAGGAGUCGGAGAAACUGGAGAGCGUCAACGCCGACCUGAAAGCUCAGAUCGAGGAGCUGAAGCAGCAGAAGCAACAGCUGGUCUACAUGCUCAACCUGCACCGGCCGACCUGCAUCGUCCGAGCCCAGAACGGCCAGACGCCCGAGGACGAGAGGAACCUUUUCAUCCAGCACAUCAAGGAGAGCACCUUACAACUCCACAACCUCACCUCCUCCUCCUCCACGUCCACCUCCACAGUAGUGCCGCUGGACGCAGGACUUCUGACCCUCGAUCACAUUCAGUGUCCCAGUCAUCUAUGAGCGAUCGCUUGUUUUUGUCACUUUUCCAAGACUUGUCAAUUCUCCCACCGUCUGCCGUCGACGUAGCACAGACUGAUGAGCGGCAGGUUGAGUUGCCACAUAGACUUAUGACCUGACAGUGAAAUAUGACCACCUUCUGGGUCUCAUUCAAGCUGCUAGAGAGAGUGAGAGUGGUAGAAAGUGGCUUCAGCGCGCUCCCACUCCUUGAAUCCGUAGCUGCUGAUCGGAUGGGAUGUGACAUGCAAUGGACAGCACCUUGAUAUGCACCAUGUAUUUUGUUCAUUACAGUCAGGGCUAAGGUACAGAUCCUAAAGGCCUAAUGACAAAAACAGCUCUCUUUUUUUAACAUGUACUGGUAUUUUGAGUAGUCGAGGGUCUGGUUUAGUGUCUGAUUUUUGUACCAAAGUGUGUUUUCAAGGUGAUCCGGCACAUAAUGUAACUGUUCACCCACAAAGAAAGCAGAUGCAGAUUGACCGUGUGAGUGUGUACAGACGUUUGACUGUUUGAGCUGCAAGUCACUGACUUUAAAAAGGCGUUGUUUGUGCUUACAGUAUGAAAAAUAGUAUAUUUAUUAAAUGACUGCUGUAUGAUAUGUUGUUGCCGUAUCGACCCUGUCUGCUUGUCCUUUUUACAACGUGAAUUACUAAACCUGCUGCUACCACUAACCACUCAGGACCUACGCAGGCUGUAGAAGUUCAUCAUGUUUUUGUUGUUUUUUUGUUUGUUUUUUUUUACUAAUUUAAGACUACACGUCAGGUUGUUUGCUGUUAAACAGAAAGGAGUAGCAGUCACAAAAGGGAAAAGUACUUUGCAGACAGGGUUCAGGAAUAAUUCUGCACUUAAGGAAAUAUCCGAGUACAAAUUGCAAUAUAAUCAUGUAUGCCGAUGAUAUGUUACUUUUCCUGUGGAUCUGAUAUUCGCUGGUGAACAAAGCUGUCCAAAAAAUUUAAUACUGUAUAUUAUUAUAUAUUAUGUACACUUUAUUUAUCACUGCGUUCCCUCUUAAAGUUAACUGAUCUAGUGUUGUUUCUUUUUUUUUUUUUUUUUUACAUCUUCUGUGACGAUGAAGCUACAUGAACAUUAGUGUUAUUUUUCAGGUGUGUCGUUUUCUACCUAAAAAAAUCUUGUACAUUGUAUUGACUGCGCAUUAACUCUGUGCUGCUGUAUGUAAACACCGGAUGCCUCCUUUGGUCUCAACAGAGCAAAGCAAAAAAGAUUGUUAUUUUUUAAAAAAAAAUGUAUUUAUUAACAACACUUUGGUUUGGAUGUUGUGUUCAUUAGAUGUCAUUAGCCAGAUAUCAGAAGUGUUGCGUCAGCUCACUGCUCGCCCUCUAACACGCCAGACUCUGAGGUUAUGCAAUGAAAUGACAUAUUAGUGAGUGUUAACCAGUAUCCAGGCUUGACCAUGCUGCCAAAUAUGAGUCCCUCCUCCCACUCCCUUUUCCAUUCUCUGACCAUUUAAGCAUAGAUUUAAAUGAUCCUUUAAAGGAAAUGUGGUUUAUUGAGCAAACAGAAGCAGAGACAGUACAUUUAUCAAGAGCUUAUUGGGUAUUUUCUUUGGAAAUACUAAGAACAUAAUCAAUCUAAAGUGCUCUAUCAGUGAGCAAUCUUUUUUUUUUAAUCUUUUUCUAAGACAAAGUGGAAACUCUGGCUAUCAGUGUUUGAAUAAUUGUCACACUUGACCAAGCUUUACAUAUGUAAGAAACACCUAAACAGAGAAAGAAGGGUAGUAUUUUAGGAUUUUUCAACAGCACAUUAUGUUUGUUCUUGGUGUGGACUGAAGUUUUUAGUUACAGAGAAGAGGGUUUAUUGUGUUUUUUUAUGUGAGGAAAAAAACUUUGAGAGUCACACUGUUAAAGGGACGCAGGCGUCUGUGUGUGGUCAUAGUGUAUGUGUUGUCCCAAUGCUAGUCUAGACUAGAUAUCUAUUGAGCACUGAGUUGGACUCCUAUGUAUUCUAAUGUGCCUAUCUCACCUACUGGAGGCUGUAAUGUUUUCUUUAGCUGCUUCCCUACCGCAGCACCAUAGCCUGAAUGAAUAAACUGUAGGAUGUCAGGUACAACUGCACUGCUACUACCACUGUGUACUUCCAUCCUUGUGAUCUGUCGAGUUUUGUUUUUGAUACUUUGUUAAUUAAAAAUGCGUAAAUGAU